GGCCGCGGAGGUUCCGCCGGGCGGCGCGGCCAUGGCGGUGGGUUCCUGGCGCAGGAGCAUCGCUUCCCAGCUUUCAAAGGUUUUGGAUCUGCCACCAGAAAAUUUAAUAAAGUCCAUAUCUGCCGUUCCCGUCUCCAAAAAACGGCACGUUGCUGAUUUCCGGCUCUCCAUUGCUUCUGUAAUAGAAAACAGUUCUAGUGAUUGCUUAGCACAAGACUUGCAUCUUCAAGCUCAGAAGCUGGCUGAAAGGCUAAAAUGUGAUGCUGUAGUGAGUGAAAUCAGCGCUGGUCCAGGAACAGUGGACUUUACAAUAAACAGGGAAUUAUUAGCAAAGGCUGUGUUGCAGCAGGUGUUCAAAGAUGGCUCAGAGUAUGGAGUAAAAAGUGAAAUUUUCACUGCAGUACCUAGACAAAAGGCAGUGAUUGAGUUCAGCUCCCCUAAUAUUGCCAAAAAGUUUCACAUAGGACAUUUGCGUUCCACAAUAGUAGGGAAUUUUAUAGCAAAUCUCAAACGUGCACUGGGACAUGAAGUAGUAAGAAUAAAUUACCUCGGUGACUGGGGCAUGCAGUUUGGCUUAUUGGGUGUUGGUUUCCAAUCCUUUGGCAACAAAGAAAAACUAAAAUCCAGUCCUUUACAACACCUGUUUGAGGUGUAUGUGCAGAUUAAUAAAGCAGCAGAAGAUGAAAACACAAAAAAACUGGCAAAGGAUUUCUUUAGAAAACUGGAGGAACGUGAUGAGCAGACAUUGUCACUUUGGAAACAAUUUAGAGACUUCAGUAUUGAGGAAUACAUCCAGAUUUAUAAGCGUCUAGGAGUGCAUUUUGAUGAAUAUUCUGGAGAGUCACAUUACCAAGAGAAGGCCCAGGAGGUUCUAAAGAUGUUGGAAGAUAAGGGACUUCUUCAAAAAACAACAAAAGGGACAGGAAUCGUGGAUCUUUCGGAAAAGAAAGACCUCUCGUUGGUUUCCACUGUCAUGCGUAGUGAUGGGACAUCUCUUUAUAUAACAAGAGAUCUUGCGGCUGCUAUAGACCGAAUGAACAAACACAGCUGUGAUACUAUGAUUUAUGUGACAGAUAAAAGUCAAAGUCAUCAUUUUCAGCAUUUAUUUCAAAUACUGAAGCUCAUGGGUUAUGACUGGGCAGAAAGGUGCCAGCAUGUGUCUUUCGGUCUAGUUCAAGGGAUGAAGACUCGGAGAGGAGAAGUAAUUUUCCUGGAAGAUGUUUUAAAUGAAGUUCGCUCGAGGAUGUUACAAAACAUGACUUCCGCAAAAACAACCAAAGAGAUACAAGACCCUAUGGAGACAGCAGAGAAGGUUGGUCUUGCAGCACUAAUAAUUCAGGACUUCCGGGGCCUUCUCUCGUCUGAUUAUCAGUUUAGCUGGGAUCGAGCUCUUCAAAGUCGUGGAGAUACAGGUGUGUUCUUGCAGUACACCCAUGCCAGACUCCAUAGUUUAGAACGGAUGCAUGGGAACGCACAGCUAACUGAUGUUAACGUGGCAUGCUUGCAAGAGCCAGAGGCCAUCUCUGUUCUUCAGCAUCUUCUCAGGUACGAUGAGGUCCUGUAUAGAUCUUCUCAGGAUCUGCAACCCAAGCACAUUGUCAGCUACCUCCUCACACUUAGCCAUCUUGCAGCCGUGGCACACAAAACCCUUCCUGUGAGAGGCAGCACCCCUGAAGUAGCACAGGCAAGGCUCUGUCUCUUUCAAGCUGCACGCUCGGUUCUAGCCAACGGAAUGAAACUUCUUGGCAUUACACCUGUGACUCAAAUGUAAUGAGGCUGUAUGCAAUGUAAAGUCACAUCUCGUAGUAAAAUUUUUUUUUCCCCAGAUAAUAUGAAUACUGCGUGUCACUGCUAAUGCAGGCUGGAAGCACCAUCUGUGCUUAGAGGUUUGUGCUCCUUCAUACCAACUGCAGAAGAGCAGGCAUGGCACAGCCAUCUGGGAGGGGUAAGGCUGCCACAAUCACUUUCUCCCAGGCACUUGGUGGAGCAGUGUACUUAAGACUCAGGUCUACCUGGUAUUUCCCAUAAAAGAGAACUGCUCUGUAUUUGCCAUGUAAAUAUAACAUCCUUUUGGUAGAGGAAGUGGUAUUAACUGUGCUGCCCUAAGCAAAGUUCUCCCCUCCUGCGGUUGCCAUUGUGUACUAAGGCCUGAUGGCACAAAGGCUCCAGGUGCUCUAUCUAUUGUAACAAACUGAGCUAGUCAGGUCAUGCAGAGCUCUUUUCCAGUGUGAAGUACUGCAUUCUCCCUUCAGCCAAGCCCAACUGCCAGCUGUCACACCCUGUUCCUCACCCCUUCCUCUGUCACACUGACGUGAUGGCCGGGGAGCAGAGAUGGCUGCACAGCUGGUGGAGCAGGAAGUACAGUGUUCCCUCUGCACCCUACCCACAGUCAGGCGUGGCAGGUGCUACUUGACGUCCCUGAGCCAUCACAAUGCUGGAGAGAGGGGGAGCAGCACCUGUGAGGCACUGCAGCUGGCUGGCAAUACCCUCCACCACGGAAGCCUCGACUUCCCAGGAGUGGCACUGUGGUGGCUGCUCUAGCACAUGGACCAGUUGGCAAAAGGCAGAGGGGAGCAUCUUCUCCCACUGGAACAGAAUUUAAGCAUGUUUGUUACUGCUGUGUUUAACGUGCCCCACUUUCAAAUAAAACCCAGCUGGUUAACUCA